CAGAUCACAAUAUUGAAUUAUCUACUCAUGUUUUACCAAACAAGGAUGGGUGAAGUUGAUUGAAUAUUUCGCACGUUGUACACAUCAUCCAUACCAAAAAUGCAGACAGCGAUCGGAAAUGGCGUCCCUUUUCCCUUUCUGUGCUGGAAGCUGACCCCCAAACCAAUAACCCAAUAAACAACACCAAAACGAGCUUCAAAUCACCGAUUGCAUCCCCACCCAGUACCCACCGUAACCAGCCAUGUCAACGCGCCGGCGAACCUUGCUCAAGGUCAUUGUCCUCGGCGAUAGCGGGGUGGGAAAGACCUCGUUGAUGAAUCACCUCUGUGGACCGUUAACUAAAUUGUAUAGAUAUGUGCACAAGAGGUUUAGUCAGCAAUAUAAGGCUACAAUUGGUGCGGAUUUUGUCACUAAAGAACUCCAGAUUGACGACAGACUCGUCACUCUACAAAUAUGGGACACUGCUGGGCAAGAGAGAUUCCAAAGUCUUGGAGUUUCAUUUUAUAGAGGGGCAGAUUGCUGUGUUCUAGUUUAUGAUGUGAAUGUGAUGAGGUCAUUCGAUACCCUUGACACCUGGCAUGAGGAGUUUCUCAAACAGGCAAACCCUCCUGAUACGAGGACAUUUCCAUUUAUAUUGCUUGGAAACAAGAUUGAUAUUGAUGGUGGGAAUAGUCGAGUGGUCUCUGAGAAGAAAGCAAAUGACUGGUGUGUUUCAAAAGGGAAUAUCCCCUACUUCGAGACAUCUGCAAAAGAGGAUUACAACGUUGAUGCUGCAUUUCUCUCUAUUGCCAAGACUGCUCUAGCCACCGAUCGUGAACAGGACAUAUAUUUUCAAAAUAUUCCAGAGGCGGUUGCUGAGAGUGAGCAGAGGGGUGGAUGUGCAUGCUGAUAUAGAGAUACUGAAUGAUUUUAGCCACUCACCUUAAUGCUGUGGUUCAAAUUCUUCAAAUUCUUUUUGAUGAUAUAGUGUACACUGUUUGCCAUGAUUGUGUGAGUAAACCAUGUACCUUGAUGUUGCCAUUUUGAUAAAUUGUGCUAUUGUAGUCCUGUUUUUUAGUGAAGGACGAGCUUGAGAAUGUUGCACUAAAAGCAUGUUGUAUUGACCACGAAUUAUAUAGGCUUAAAGUGCUUUUUUUUAAUCUUCGAUUGUCAAAUUGAGAUGUGGAAUGGAAUGUUAAUAUUCUGUU